AUGGAUGGGGACGCCCUCCAUCAAGGGGCGGACAGAGUCCCAGCGCAUGGCUCUGUUGACUUUCAGCUUGGUUGGACUACAGUGCAUUGCACGCCGUAUCUCCUUCAGCUCGGGUUAACGAAGUCACGCACGUCGCUCGUAUGGAUAGCUGGCCCGCUUUCGGGCUUAAUAAUGCAGCCGUUGGUUGGAGUAAUAGCUGAUCGUUCGACGUCGAAAUGGGGUCGCCGACGACCGUUUAUGAUCGGGGGUUCUCUGGUAGUUGCGCUCUGUCUCUUCGUGCUCGGAUGGACAACCGAGAUUGUUUCGAUCUUUAUAAGCGAUACACAAUUGAGAAAGUCAGUGACGAUAAUGGUAGCGGUUUUAAGCAUUUAUGCCACUGACUUCGCCAUAAAUGUUGUUCAGGCAUGUUGCCGGAGUUUAAUAGUGGAUACACUGCCCAUCCCCCAGCAGCAACUGGGGUCUGCUUGGGCAAGUAGGAUGACUGCGGUGGGAAGCCUUAUUGGCUAUGCAAUUGGGUCUGUCGACAUGCUGAGCAGAUUUGGCACCACGCUUGGAAAUACUCAAUUCAAGCAAAUGACGGUGAUAGCUGCCCUGUCACUCAUCACAGCAGUAUCUGUCACCUCGUACGCCGUUAAAGAGAGAGUCUUAUUAUCCGUCAGAGAUACGGAUAGUCGAGCCGGCGCGAUCAAAAUACUCUCUCAGCUAUUUAGAACCACUUUUAAUCUGCCACCUCGAAUCAAGGCGAUAUGCUGGGCGCAAUUCUGGGCUUGGAUUGGUUGGUUUCCAUUCCUUUUCUAUAGCAGCACCUGGGUUGGAGAGACAUAUUUUCGAUAUGAAGUGCCAAAAUCUGCCGUUGAACAGUCAAAAGAUACACUUGGCGAGGUUGGUCGCCUGGGGAGUCUGUCACUCGUAAUAUUCUCCAUGAUUACGUUGGUUAGCUCCGUUGUGCUUCCGUUUGGGGUCCUCUCACCGGAAAACAAAAGAGGGCGAUUCACUCCACGGCCGCCUCGGGGUGUCGUCCGUCUCCUCAAAAAGAUCGCUUUUGUCCGGCCGGAUUUGCAGACAGCGUGGAUGAUGUCGCACAUCAUCUUCGCUGCAACAAUGAUAUUCGCGCCAUUGGCAAAAUCGGUUCGAUUCGCGACGUUCCUCGUAGCCAUUUGCGGCAUUCCAUGGGCUGUUACUAGCUGGGCUCCUUUUGCUUUCAUGGGAGUUGAAAUCAAUCGGCUGGCCCUAUCCUCUACGUCACGGAAUUCCACAGUUACCAUGAUAACCUCUGCAGGAGCGAGCAACAGACAUAGUGCCUACCUACCCCUUGAAACCACGGACGGUAACAAUUCCGAUCUAGAAUUCGAUAACGCCAGUGUCCUUCGGCUCAACCACCGUCAUGAUGGAGACAGCGAUUUCGAGAGUGACGUAGAAGACGAUGAAUCCGCGUCCACUGGCGAAUUGGCCGGAAUAUACCUCGGCGUCCUCAACGUGUACACUACUCUUCCUCAGUUCGUGGGCACGUUUAUUAGCUGGAUCGUCUUCAGCAUUCUAGAACCGAAUAGAUCAUCGACACAGAGCGAACCAGAGCUCAAGGCCAAGGAGACGACCAAUUCAAAAGAAGACCAAUGGAUGAAUCUCAAUGCUGAGGGACCAAAUGGGAUUGCGAUGUGUUUGUUUAUUGGUGCGAUAUGUGCGAUGGUCGCGACCGAAGCCACAAGGAGGUUGAAGCAUGUCCGAUGAAUAGCCCCUUCAAGGCUACGAAGGCUUCUUCAGUAUGGUGCUCUACCGAUGGGGAACUGUUAAGCCGGUUCCCGUGUUUUAAUAUACAUAACCUGACCACUUGGCCUUACAUUCAAGGGCAGGGAGUCCGUACUAUUCAAGGUAUUUCCCCAGCUAUACCUAACCAGCCAUCAAGAUAUAGACUCUUUUUAACAAGACAUGUGAGGUCCUCUGAUGAUUCUAUGUGAAAUCGCUUUAUUCCUUUUUAAUGUGAAUGUUGAAUUUCAAUCUCUGAAGCCCACAAUAUGCUUGUUUUACAGUCAUUCUGACGAGAACGCCCUGGGAAAACUGGUAUUUUGGAUGUACUGUACAUUUAAUACAACUUACAUUCGGAAUGUCGUUGCACCCUCGAUACUGAGCCGUGACUCGGGAUUGGGAGAUUCUGGCAAGCAGGUAUAAACGGAGCAAUCUUCCCGAUAGGUUUCACGGAUGCGCUUUUUGUUCACCCGAAACUGAGAGAAUCUAUCAUCAUCCGCCGACCGGCGGUUCCCAAACGAAUCCAUGAAGUAUAGGCUCGGAAGCCCGUUAUCAAAAUCAAGCCGGUCUCCUCUUAACGAACUGCUCUAGGUCUUCCUUCGUUGCAACCCCAAGCACGAAUUUCCUGCUCGCAUCCGUCACCACGGCAAAGUCCUGCUUUUCUCUCUUCUCUCCACCACCCAUGUCUCCUUCAAAAAAUCUCUCCAAUUCCUCUAACGGCGUGUCCAUCGUGAUAACCUUGUAAACAUGCCCUUUCCUUCUGAAUCUGUGCAUGGCUUUCUCUACGGGAUCGGAUUCGGUGACGGUGCCAUCUUUAAGUAAGGAUUUUAACCGCGGGAUGCUGAGGUAGCCAAGGAGAGAGCGGGACGUGGAGGAGAUUACAGUGAGG